AUCUCACUCACCUUAGAGCAGAUUAUGCUGCCAAGCUCAUGAACUAGAUACGAUAGCGGUCUGGUGGCGAGCUCCAAAAACAAUCUGUGGAGUUAUCGUAUGUGCACUCCGUUCAAGUCGGACGUUUGCAUAAUCCUCGCUAGAAAAAUGAUUGUGCUUGACCCUUUCUUCCAGCAAGAUACCCUCUGUGACGGUAUUGGAGACUCUGUUGAAGACUCGAGUUCGUCGCAUAGAGUGGAUGACUACAUGGACUAUACGACAUAUUCGCAAAUAUAAACCUGAACCGAGAGAAGCAUCUUCUAGAGAGGUACAAGAUAAUGGAGGAGGAUGAAAAUUCGAACAUGGCAUUUUCCGGGACCUGAUUGAGAGGGCGCCUGUUAUGGUGGCACUCCUCAACGUUCAAUUCAACGCUAACCACUGAUAAGUACUGUACGUGGUCAGAAAUCAUAGCGUCGCCGCUCCUUGACGUUAGGUAAAACGGUUUCCUGCUAUCGCUACGAUACAGGCAAUGCCGAGCGAUUCGAGUCCUCGUAUCUCGUCUCUACCACCGGAACUUCUCAUCGAGAUCUUUUUGUGUCAUAUCGACCUUCUACUCAAGUCCUUUCAUGAAUGGGACAGUCGACCAGCAUUUUGGUUUGUUGUGACCCAUGUCUGUCGCUAUUGGCGUGAUCUCGCGCUGGCUUGCCCACAGCUAUGGACGCUCAUUUUUGCGAGGGAUCGUUUAGAAUGUAUCUCUGCGGUGUUGGAACGCUCUGGAGACAUGCCUUUGGACGUUCAUCACUCAGAUUCGGACAAAUCGUGCCUACAUGCAACACUCGAAGCGCUUCACCGCAUCCGUACGCUGAUCGUACACUUGACCGACAAUCAGUACACCGAGUUCAUGCAUAUCCUUCCGCGUCCAGCACCUCUUUUGCGACGUCUUUCAAUUAAUACUUAUAUGAUCCAGACUGAUCCUCCUCGAGCUGAGCAUGUUCUCUCGUUCCUCAACGAUGUCCCUGCAUUACAGGAUCUGUCAACAAACCUAUAUUUUAACGAGUUUCGACAUCUUCUCCCCCCCAGCUUGACCCGGUUGGAAAUUCCGAUUGCUCCUGGAUUUAUGUCUCAAGUGCUGGAAUGUCUGUUCUCGUUACCGCUCCUGAAUGACCUAUUACUCCGUAUGGGCGAUUCAUUCGAUGCGACGUAUAAUGGUCGCCCCGUUUCGCUCUCUCACCUACGGCGCCUUGAAAUAUCAGGUAGCUCAGUAAACCUCGUUCAUAUCCUUUCCCACCUCGAAUUCCCAUCCUACAUCUCCAUUCACGCCAAUCACAUUCCGCCCCAUGAACAGUGGCAAAUACAAGCGGAUCUUCUCGCAAUCAUUGGGAGGAAGUACUAUGGGUCUGCACCGUCUGCGUCCCAACCUGCCUUUGACCAUACGUUCCACAUCUAUGAAUAUUGGCUUACCUUUGUCAUUGAAGCAUGGCCCUAUGGUCCCCACAUCAGCACACUUGCCGAAUCCUCCAUGCCUCAGCCUCACCUCUUCAUACAGCUUUCGAGCGCCAACUCCAAAUUCCUCUUGCCAGCAAUUCAGUUGCAUAUGCGCCUUCCGGACGUGCAAUAUAUGAUUCUUCCGGCUCCUGAUGGGGAGCCUAGACGAUUCAUAAGUUUCCUGAACAAUAUCAUCCCUUAUCUCGACAAUAUGCCGAACCUUCGAUGGUUGACUGUGCAAUGUUGGCACGUCUCGUGGCUCGCUACAUUGCUACAGUGCCAAUCUAGCGAAGAUUGUCGCUUCCCCAACCUCAAACUCCUUGGCAUGGAUGCCCUUUCCUGGACUAGAUACUACCCAUCCAAUGUAGGACCUGCGGAGGAAAUCAUAGCUGGUCCGCGCCCGCUCUUCUCUGCGCUAGAGAGUCGCAAGAAGAUAGGGCGUCCUAUCGAACUGCUAUCAUUACAAUAUUGCAUCGACGUACAGGAGGAUAUCGGACAACUGAAAGAGGUAGUAACAACGCUAGACUGGGAUGGGUUGUUGGAACCCUGCCCUGACACCAGUAUUUAGCGGAAACGAAAAGGGGAUAUGAAGAUUACUUCGAGUCGUUUGUACAACCAAUAGCAGAGAGGAAACAAUGCACGCAACAUAUACCAUCACCUCCGAUAUCAAUGUGUGUGUAUAUGGUUCAGGGGAAUAUAGAUUCUCGUCUUUGUAUUUAUGUAUCGAUUAGAGGGUGCUGAAGAGCUGAUGUUCGUAGGACGUACCCAAUUCAACCUUGCGUUUUGACAUGCUGUUCGUCAACGAGCCAAUUUUCCCCAUUUCGAUCAAUGAUCAAACGCUGGCCGAUUUCAGGAUAAUGACAUAUGUCCAUAGACUCUCUGCUUCCACCCAUGAGGUAAACGAGGGAAUCUUUGCCCGUCCUAAAUCCAUGAGCUACCUUUGUACCAGCAGGGAAUGCAAGGAAGUCUCCAGUGGUCAGAGGAACUUCCUUCGUCUCAUUCGUGCCCUCGUCAUGAGUAAGAAGAAAGCAGUCCCGGCCAGCGUCGACAAUGUAGGCCCAUUCAUCUUCAUGUGAAUGCCAAUGAAGAGCGGUACUUGUCGUUCCCGGAGGGAGACGGCAAUAAUGUACGCCUGUCUUGGUAAGGCCUACUUUGUCUCCUACUGGGAGUUGCAGACGGCUGCAAGUAGGAUCUCUAGGGUGAAUGAUGUUGCGGAGAUUGUUGUCGGCUAGACUAGGUGUAUGUAUGACGUUCGCAUUAACAGAAGCAGCGUGCAAUUGUCCUUGCUGAUAGUACACGACCGUAAGUGUAAACAAUGCUUCAAUAUGAUUGGUAGCGGUU